CAGAUUUGUGCAUGAGAUGUAAGCAUCGGGCCAUCUGCCGAUCUGCGUACCCCGUUGCAAGUUGCAACAGAGAAAUAUAUCCGGGACAAUUGAAACCCCACCUGCUGAAUAAUCCAGAACCCUUUUAUCAUAAGCACAAAUGAUGAUACACUACACCGUACACCCAUCUGCUGCUUUGUUCUCUUUUGGCACUGAUAUUUAUUCUCUUUCCUUUUGUGCCUUGAGCUUAUAUUUGGUGUUUAGACACAGGAGAUAUAUCCUCCAUCAUAUGACUCAUAGCUUAUAGCUGUUUACUAGAUCUAAUAAUUCAUGGAGCAGAACCCUAUAUCAUUUGGAGCUGCUGAUCGAAAGACUGUAGAGAAAAAUAGAAGAAAUUAUAUGAAAGACCUCUACUCCAAGCUCCAUUCUCUUAUCCCUCAUGAUAGCUCAUCUCUGGGGGCAAAAUCACUGACGGAUCAGCUAGAUGAAGCAGCAAAUUACAUUCGGAAGUUGAGAAUAAAGCUGGACAAGUUGAAGCACAAGAGAGAAACAUUAAAGGGUAGCCAUCUGUCAAACAACAUUCCAGAGGUCGAGGAAGCAAUGUCAGAACUAGCUCCUGUACCACCACAAGUCGAUAUACAUGUUUCAGGUUCUUCCGCAGAAAUUCAUCUCAUAACUGCUACAGAUGUGAGUUGCUUUAUGAUUACUGAGGUUAUCCGGAUGCUGCAAGAAGAAGGUUUUGAGAUUCUUAAUGUCAGUUGUGCUGUCAGCAACAAUACUUGUUUUCAGAUCAUUCAUUCGCAGUCACAGGCUGGAGCCUGGGUUCCAAGUUGCGGAAGUGGCACAAUAUGGGAGAGAAUCAAGAAAUUUGUGAAUGGGGAUGAUUGAUCUAUUGGUUUGAUUUCCAACUAUCUGUCUCAUGUUGAAAAAGUACCAGUGUUUAGAUGUUAUCAGUUUCCUAUUUGUUUUGUUUGGUCUGUGUUUUGUCGUAAAAUGACCUAAAUCUUUUCUGCUCCACAGCAUAUGAACAUGUGCUUGGUUAACUUAUAAAACGUUCUUACUGGUCGAGUGAAAGAUAUUUUCUCGACGUUGGCAGUGA